AUGCCUGCCUCAAUCGAAACUAGUAUUCGUAAAAAUCUUAAAUUUGAAUUGCGGUCCAUAAAGAAAACCAUAGCAGAAAUAUUCAUUGUCAUUAUAUGUUUCUUAAUUGUCGUGUUAUUUCCUCCAACUCCCACUGUACCUCAAGAUCUGACCGAUGAUGAACUGAGAAAACUUGUUAUUCAAGAUGAACUAAAUUUGGAUAAUAUUGAAAAUUUUAAGCAUUUAUUGGCUGCAUCUGGAAAAUCAGUUCCAUCAAAUCUUAUGUAUACCCCAGAAGAUACGGUGUCUGACGAUAUAAUCAAGGGUGUUAUACAAAGCCUAUCAUUAUCGGAAGGAAAGGCAUUCAAGAAUGAAAAUACUAUGAUGAACAGAUUAGAUGGCAAUAUAUCGUUAGCAGCUGUUGAAUUUGCUUUUACAACGAAAGAUUGCCUUAAUGUUACCCUACAUUUCCCGAGUGAGUUUCGUACAUUAGAACCAAACCAUGAAGGUCAGAAAUUGUGGGCAACGCGCUGUAGCGGUGUACUUGAUAAGACCGCAAGCGAAAAGGGAAAUAUUACAGAGCAUGAUUUGUAUAUGCGGGAAGGUUUCCUUCAAUUACAACACCACAUUUUCCUUCAAUGGUUAGAAAAGCAGCACACAAAAGAUAUAAGUACUUUUCGGGUUUCAAUGCGAGCGUUUCAACAAAAUACCAAAUCGAAAAUGUGUUCCACAACAGCCGAAUCAAAUUUGUUAAUGCUUCUAUACAGCUUUACAUUCUUUUUGCCUUUUUUAAAUCUGCUUUGGACAUAUGGACGCGAGCGAGAAGAGAAUAUAUUAGCUCAUCACUGGAGAUAUGGCUUUGACUAUGCCAAAUAUUGGAUGGGCAAUGCGAUUGUGUCUUUCAUUCAUUUGUUGCUCCUGGAUGUAAUCAUAGUGAUUUUGGUCUUAAUUCCCCUCGAGGGAAAAUUCAUUGGUUCUCCACUCCGGCUAGUUAUCUUCCUAAUAAUAUACAACAUCUCGCUGUUGAUUUCUGUCGUAUUUUUGGUAUCAGUUUCGAAUAAGGCUCGGCAUGCUGUAUUGUUUGGUGCCGCAAUCUGGCUAAUUAUGUUUUCCCUAUUCUCGCUUUUAGUGGAACAUUACAAAAGUAUGACUCCGACAUUGGCCAUUUGUUUCAUGGCAUUUUUCAAUAAUGGUUUUGCAUAUGCAAUGCGAGAAUUGCACGAAGGAGAUGAUACUUUAUAUCCUAUUAUCACUACUGUUGGAUGCUGCCUUUUGUAUUGGAUACUAAUAUCGUUAGCUGAGUAUUUUAAUCCAGGUCUAUAUAUAAAGACUCUACCCUUUAGUUUAUGUUGGUCUGGCCACUGUCUUACCACAAUGAAUAAACCAGCCCGGAAGUUAAGAGGCAAAAAACUAGAAUUUUUCGUAUUUGAUAAAGCAAGAGUUUGGGAAAACUUUGAAUUUGGAAACAUAAGCUCUGUCGAAGUGAUUCGCCUAAAAAAUGUCCAUACACAAUUUAGUUCGAGAAGAAGGCAGCUUAAAAAUAUCACUAUGCCUAUUUAUGCCAAUGAGAUCACAGUCAUACUGGGACCACAUUGCUCUGGUAAAACAACGAUUAUCGAAAUACUGGCAGGAUGGAACCGACCACCGCUGGGCCAUGUUCAAAUACGCAAUGAAGAUUUGUAUGAACAUUGGGAUAAGUAUCGCCAUCAGAUUGACGUCUGCAUGCCAAAUAAUGCAUUAUUCGAUUUACUUACUGUCGAGGAGACAUUAAUUUACUAUAUGCGUAUAAAAUCUAUGGAAAUGGAUGAUCAAAUAAUCAAUAUGGAAUUGGACGAAUUUUUCGAGUCCGUCAAAACAGCUAAAAUACAACGAAGUACCUUGGUGAAGAAACUAACAUACAGUCAAAAACGUUUGCUUAGUUUGGGCUGUGUACUAGCUGGUGGAACGAAAAUCAUCCUACUUGAUGAACCUACACUACAUAUGAAAGGCAAAGAGCAACGCUUGUUCUGGCACAUUUUACAUAAAGAAAAGACUGGUCGCGCUAUUGUAAUGACUACUUUCGAUGUAACCGAAGCCGAUGCUGUUGGUGAUCGAAUAGCCUUGCUCGGCGAAGGCACUUUACAGUCGUAUGGUACGCCAUUUUUUCUCAAAAGCAAAUUUGGUGUAGGCUGCGAUUUGAUUAUAGUUAAGUCGCCAAAUACAUCUACCGAAGCAAUUACCGAAUUGAUAGGACAAUUUAUACCUGGAAUUAUGCCUGAAAAUGAAAUUGGAGAACUGGUCUACUAUAAGCUGCCAAUUAAUAUGCGCCCUAAAUUUCAAAAUAUGUUGAUACACUUGGAAAAGGAACCACUUAAUUUGGGCAUAGUUGAUUUGCGAGUCCUUAGCAGUGAACUGGCUGAAGUUUACAUGACCAUGGGCACAAAAGACACCAAACAAAUCAUUUUAAAUGACAGACAACUUAUUCAUAAAUUUGUUUCUCGCAAAAACCUCGGUCGUCAACAAAUAUAUGCUUUGUUGAACAAAAAGCUCAUACAUCAAGCACCUAAUUUCAUUCCGCUUAUCACGAUUGGUGUGUCAUUCCUUUUUAUUCUUUUAAUAGCAAUAAUGGCUCAACAUUGUUUACAUAUACCACCAACGCGUUAUAAUCCCAUCGAUUUGGGUGUUACGAAAGAGCUAAAUUUAGAAAACAUGAAAGACUGCAAACAUAUUCAAAUAAGAAGCGUUGUGAAAAGUAAAAAGUUUGGCGAGAACUCGAUGAAAUUCGAUGAAAAUUCCCUUCACUGUUCGAAAGCAAACUAUGAGAAAUACUUAAAAGAAUCGAAAAGUAUAUCAGACAAGUUUGGUGCAAUAGACUUCGAUGGCGAUAAAUAUAUAUGUUGGUUUAAUCAACGGAUAUUUCAUUCAGCUCCAUUAGUUCUCAAUUUAAUGCAUAACAUUUAUCUUGCCAAGACAAUAACCGAUGAAAAAUCCAUAACUAUCAUACAGAAUCAUCCGAAACCUACUCCAUUACGUGCUAAAAUUCAUUUGCUUGAUCAAGAGAAGACUCAUUUGCUAUUACCGAUGGUAUUGGGUGUUGCUAUACCCAUCUCGAUUUCAUGCUUUAUCGUACCGCUGGUGGAGGAACGCAAAUAUCACUUGUUGAUGUUACAAAAAAUUGCCGGUGUCAGUAUGGCGCGCUAUUGGUGUGUUAACUUUUUGUGGGAUUACGCAACGUUCUUUUCGCAUACUAUCGUUUAUACAAUUAUCCUAGCGUUAGCGCCCAUUGAAGGAUAUUCAUUCUCAGACAAAAUGUAUGCAAUGCUACUAAUGAAUAUUUACGGAAUACCCGGUUUAGGGUUAAUAUAUGUUCUCUCAUUAUUCUUCUAUUGGACAAUGUGGUCUGCGUUUCUAAUAACGGUUAUAAUACAAAUUAUUACAGGCAUAUUUUCGUAUCUUAUUUAUUGGGAUGUCCUGGAAAACAAUGAGAUAUUCUUUUAUAUUUGGUCAAUAUUUCCUACUUUUUCGUUGAUGGAAGGCAUAAGCAACGUAUAUACCCAAACCAAGGAGGAACUGUAUUGUGAUCAGGCAUGUAUGGAGGAUGACGACUGUGAUAAAUACGAUAUGUGCGCUGCGCUGCCGCAAUGUUGUCUUACAAGUAUUAUCAAAUUUGACGAUCCCGGGAUUUUAUUAUCAAUUUGCUUUAUGCUAACGUCUGCAGUAUUUCUUUUUAUUGCACUUUGCCUCAUUGAAUCAAGAAGAGCACGAAAGCGAUUCUCAUCGAAAAAAGACGUUAAAUCGCUUCAUUCUGCAACACAUCCUUACGAUGACGACGAUGUAAUGAAAUUGAAACAAUUUAUAGCCCAGCAAGACUUGCAAAGUAGUCUUAAAAAACGAUUUAUGGUUGAUCAGCUGGAAUACGAAAUACAAAAAACAACGAACUCAUUGAAUACAAUUUCAUUUCUGGCUGAAGAGGGUCAAAGCCUAGCAAUAUAUGGCACAUGUCAUAGCGGUAAAACAUUUUUAGCCGGACAGCUUGUUGGUCAAAACAAAUUCGCAUUCGGCGAUAUAUUCGUUGAUGGAACCGAACUAAAAUAUGAGUUGAAAAAAGCGCUUAAAAAAAUGGCAUACGCGCCACAAGACCAUGGACUAUGGCCAAGUUUUACGCCUCGUGAGAUUUUGCGUUUCUUUUGUAUGCUGCGCGGUAUUGAACAGAAAGAUAUUAGAGGGAUUUUACGUGACCUCUCCCACGCUUUCAUCAUGAGUUCUUAUAUGGACAAGAGGAUUCGCACACUUAGCUAUGAUCGACGACGCAAGGUCAACAUAGCACUCGCAAUGAUUGCUCAACCAAAGAUUAUAGUUUUGGAUGAACCCACACGCGGACUUUCACCACAUACUUGUCGUGAAAUAUGGAAUGUUCUGCGCUAUAAACGUUUCUUAGGUAAAACGCUUGUGUUCACAACAUCAAACGCUGUUGAGUUGGACGCAUUAUCCGAUCGUGUGCUUAUAUACAACGAAGGCGAGAUGUUGGCAAUUGGUAAUACUCAAUAUCUACGCAGCAGAUAUACGAAAGGCUUUUACCUAUAUGUAAAAUUAAGAAUUGAUGGAGUUACAACUGCAGAAGCCAAAGAGAACUUACAUAAGGAUUCCGAAAAUUUAAUUCGUUUUGUGACUUUCUUGCAUGAAGAUUCUGAAUUACAGGAGCGAAUCGAUAAUUGCUUUAAAUUUUAUUUGCCAGUCCCAAUUGUUAGUUACUCGUUUUUAUAUGGAUCCAUGGAAAAAAAUAAGAGACGUUUGAAUAUUGCAGAUUACAGCGUAAGCCAAGGAACACUUCAAGACGUUUUCAAUACGAUCGAAACAACUCGAAAAAAACAAGAAUAAGGCGCUGUUUAAGUAUGUUUUAGAACUUUCAUGAAAUUAAAUUCAAUGUUG